AUGGCUUCCUUCAAAUGGAUCAACUUGUUCAUCAUCAUUUUCAGUUGCUUUUUAACUGCAACACCCAUCUUCUCAGAUUCAAAUACAAUCCCAAACUUUCUAGAUUUAGCCAAGGAACCUCAAGUCUUUGAUUGGAUGGUUGAUAUCAGAAGGAAGAUUCAUGAGAAUCCUGAAGUGGGUUAUGAAGAAUUUGAAACCAGUAAGCUUAUAAGAGCAAAAUUGGAUGAGUUGGGUAUUUCAUAUAAACAUCCAGUAGCUGUAACAGGUGUUAUUGGUUACAUAGGAACUGGUCUUCCUCCUUUUGUUGCUCUCAGAGCUGACAUGGAUGCUCUUCUCAUGCAGGAAUCGGUGGAAUGGGAGCAUAAGAGUAAAGUAGCUGGGAAGAUGCAUGCAUGUGGUCACGAUGCUCAUGUUGCUAUGCUUCUUGGUGCUGCAAAGAUCCUAAAGCAGCAAGAAAAUAAUUUACAAGGAACUGUUGUUCUUGUUUUUCAACCAGCAGAAGAAGGAGGUGCCGGGGCUAAGAAAAUUUUAGAUGCUGGAGUCUUAGAAAAUGUGUCUGCCAUAUUUGGAUUGCAUAUCAUUCCAGACAUACCUCUAGGCGAAGUGGCAUCUAAGUCUGGUCCUAUGUCAGCAGGAUGUGGCUUAUUUGAAGCAAUAAUAAGCGGCAGGGGUGGCCAUGCAGCCCUUCCUCAACAUUCAAUAGAUCCUAUAUUGGCAGCUUCGAAUGUGAUUGUUAGCUUACAGCAUAUUGUGUCCCGCGAGGUUGAUCCCCUCGACUCCCAGGUUGUGACAGUAGGAAUGUUUCAAGGAGGUGGUGCAUUCAAUGUCAUUCCAGAUUCUGUCACAAUUGGUGGUACUUUCCGAGCUUUUUCAAGCGAAAGCUUCAAUCAAUUGAGACACCGCAUUGAACAGGUUAUCAGUGGACAAGCUGCUGUUCAGAGAUGCAAUGCAACAGUCAGCUUCUUGGAAGAAGAGAAGCCUAUCAUCCCUCCAACUGUAAACAAUGGCGACUUGCAUGACUAUUUUAAAAGUGUUGCUGGGAGUCUGAUUGGCAUCGAUAAAGUCAAAGGAAUGGAACCACAGACGGGAUCUGAAGACUUUGCAUUCUAUCAAGAAGCUUUGCCUGGAUACUUCUUCCUCCUCGGAAUGGAAGAUGUCUCCGUUGAACAUCUUCCAGGGCCACACUCACCCUAUUACAAAGUCAACGAAGAUGCACUUCCUUAUGGCGCUGCACUUCACGCCUCAUUAGCUGCGAAGUAUCUUGUCAAACUUCAUCAUGAGGUGCCAGUAGCAGAACGGAAAUAUCACGAUGAACUAUAG